AUGAAACUAUUUUCUUAAGGUAAGGAAAAGGAAGAACAAACUUUAUAAAAUUAGCCGAAAUGUGUUGAUAUAACAAUCAAGAAUAUAAAUAAGAGUAUUUAAGAUAUUUAGGUAACUGUACCAAUUCAUUGGACUUUUGGUUAGCUAAUGUAUAUUGUGUAUGAGAAUCACAAUUAGUUAAACAAUUAUAAAUUUGCAGGAUUAAAAUUUAUGCAUUCAGGAAGUUAUGUUGAUGAAGAAGAUCAAAUUUAGAAAUAUCAAAAAGUUAAUUAAAAAGAAAUGAUUUUGCAUUUAAAAGUUGAUUUGAAUGUGUCAGAUUAAGUAGUUGAAAUUUAGCAACAAAAGAUUAAGUUAAACUAAAAAUAUGCCGUCAAUCUUUUAUGGGAAAGUUAUGUAGAAAAAAUUAGCCCUUUUGCUUACAACCCAUAAGAAGCAGUUUAGGAUCAAAAUAUUUAAAAGUAGAAACUUGAAAUAGAAAUUCUUUCUUCAGUUUUUCCUCUUCUUCACAAAUAGACUGAAGUGAUUUUGCAAUCAAAUCAAUCAUCAGCUUAAAACAAAUAACCAAAUAUUUAAAGAAAUUAAAAUUAAGAUAAUUAGCAACAAGAUUUAGCUGGAGCUGAUAAUUUUUUUGCUAGAAAUAUCCCAGUCAUGAUUACAAUAUAUUUUUUGGUUAUCUCAAAGUUUGAAGGCGCCAUGUAUUACAUCCUCCUAGGAAUCUUAUUUAUCUAUUUCUUUAUAAAAUACUAAGAUCAUAAGCAUAAAAUGAAUUAAAUAAGAGAAAGAUAAGAAGGUGCUUAGAGGUAACCAAAUUAGUAAGAAAAUAACAAUAAUUAAGUAAACGGAAAUAAUCCUACAAAUAUUAAUACCAAUAAUAAUGCAGAGAAUAACAACAAUAUUUAAAAUAAUGAUACUAAUAACAUUCAAAAUAGAGCAAAUAAUGAAGAAAAUUAAGCAGAUAAAUCAGAAAAAUUGAAAGAAAAUAUUGAUAAUAAUGUAAACAUUGAGUUAACAGGAUAAAUUAAAAAUGAAAUGUAAAACUUAGAUUAAAAUGCACAAUUAGAUAAUCAAUCAAAUUCUUAAAGUCAGAAUAUAAGUAUUGAUGCAACAAAGGAAAUAAAUAUAAUUGACAGUGUAGAUAAUAAUUAAGUUUAAGAUAAAAAGGAUAAUGAACAAAUGAAUCAUUAGCCAAAUUAAGAAAUUAAGAAGACAAAGUAGAAAAAAUAAAAAAGAAAAGGCUUAGUCUUACUUUUCUUUAGGAUAAAGGAAUUUAUUUAUUGUUUUAUUAUGAGUUUAUUCCCUCUUUGGUAUGUUGACUUAUAUAAUAAAAAUCACAAUUAAUAAAAUGAAGAAGAGGAAGAUGAGCAAAAUUAAGUUCCCAAUCAAAAUUAAGCUGCACAGUAAUAAACAGAAGUACAAGCAAACCAAGUAAAUCUAAAUGAUAAUUUAGUUUUUUAGCAAAUAAAUUAAAAUUAUAACAAUAACAAUAACGCUGCUAACUAAAAUGAAAACAAUUAACCAUAAUAAAAUGGUGGCUUAUUUGAUAGGUUGAAUAACUACUUAGAAGAAAAGUUGAAAAAACUUGAAGAAGAAGAGAAGCAGUUAAGAUAAACAAUUAAAACUUAUGAGGAGCAAUAGGAAUAAGAAGAUAAACAGGCAUAAGAAGAUGAAGUUUACUAAGAAAACGAAGAAAAAACUGAUUUCGAAAAGAAAAAUGAUUGA